GCUCAAUUAUCGAUAUUCGCAUGUAUACACGCCCCCGAUGUAAGAGGACAAAUAAAUAAUUAACUAACACAAAUACUCAGCACAUGAGAAGAGCGUGAAAAACACUGUUGUAUGAUGUACUGCGAAUAGUUAAUGAUUGUACAGUACAUACAAAUUGGGAACAUCCAUUCCCUGCCACAGAACAGAGCUCGAGUGCGACUCCCUCCUGAAUGGUGAAGGUGAAUCUACAUAGACAUAGAGUGUCCAGGUACGAGCAGCAGUUCACUUCAUUUGCAUACAUUGUUGGAGAAGACAGGCGGCGGCGGCGGAGAUGGGCAACAAACAGAUCAAACAGCACCUGGAGACGGCACAGAAGACGGGCAUACUGAAGAUCUCACUGCAGCGACUGCAGGAGUUUCCGCCACAGCUGAAGGCCUAUCCCAAUGUCCUAAAAACGCUCGAUCUGUCCGAGAACCGCUUCGAGCACAUGCCCGACGAGCUGGGGCGACUGACGCUGCUGAAGCAUCUGAACCUGAGUGGCAAUCGUCUGGUGGAGCUCAACACAGUGGUGGGCGAGCUGUUGAAGCUUGAGGUGCUGCUGCUAAUGGACAAUUAUUUGACCAAGCUGCCCAAAACGUUGGUCAACUGCACCAAUCUGAAGACGGUGAACCUGAGCAACAACCAGCUCAAGGAGUUCCCCUCGAUGCUGUGCGGCCUGAGUAAACUGGAUGUGCUCGAUCUGUCCAGGAACAAGAUCACCAAAGUCCCAUCGGAGGUGGGCAGUCUCUGCGUCACCGAGCUGAACCUCAAUCAGAAUCAGAUUUCUUCGCUGGCCGAAGAUGUGGCCGACUGUCGCAAGCUGAAGACCCUGCGGCUCGAGGAGAACUGUCUGCAAGCGACCGCCUUCACGCCGCGCAUUCUCAAGGAGUCAAAGAUUUGCAUUCUCGCCGUCGAUGGAAAUCUGUUCAACUCCAAGCAGUUCACCGACCUCGACGGCUACGACGUUUACAUGGAGCGCUACACGGCGGUCAAGAAGAAGAUGUUCUAGGCCCAGACGCCGCCGUCAAGCAAUUACAUGCAUAUGUAUCUUCAUGUCCCCCCCUAUUUAUGUUUCUAAACUAGUUUAAUAGCUUAAUUGUACGUAUGCCUUCAUUGUAAAUCGUUGAGAAUAAACAGAGAAAACCAAUACAAAGAUUCACAGGAAAGAAC